AUGCUCCGCCAUCUUUGGUUGAUUGGCUUCCUCGCGGCUAUUGUGUCGGCGCUUCACCUUGAGGUGCUUGCCAGCAACAACCCCUCGCCUGUGUGUAUCAGAGAUUUCGUUGGUCAGGACCAGUUGGUGGUGAUCACCAUCCAUUCGUCGGGUCACCGCGGUGACGGCCAAGUGUUGGACUUAAAGGUCACCGAUUCCGUCGGUAAUGUCCAUGCCAAGAAGAAGGAUAUCUAUGGCAAGACCAAGGUGGCGUUCACCUCGCACCUGGCAGUGGCGUUCGACGUGUGCUUCACCAACUCCGCUUCGGGACCUCACAUGGGCUCGAAGCAAGUGGAAUUGGACAUCGAACUGGGAGCGGCCGCCCGGGACUGGAACGCCGUGCAAGCCAUGGAAAAGCUUAAGCCCAACGAAGUGGAAUUGCGCAGACUGAACGAGAUGUUGCGCGAAAUCAGUGACGAAUUGUCCUACCUUAAGUUGAGAGAAGAAAGAAUGAGAAAUACCAACGAGCUGACCAACUCCAGAGUGAAGUGGUUCUCGGUGUUGAUUAUCCUUGCGUUGAUUGGCUUGGGCGUGUGGCAAAUCCAAUACUUGAGAACUUACUUCAAGGCCAAGCACAUUAUUUAG